GAGCUUGCGAGCUCGUGCCUAAACGCAUGUUCCAACACACUCCCCCGAGCGAAGCAAGCGAGUGCUCACGCGCACUCCCCGCAGUUCGACAUCCGGCACUCCCCCAAGCUCAAAUCCUCGUCCAUCUCGCGGUCAUCCAGCUCCGACACCAUUUCCAACACUCCGACAUCCAGCCGAGCAUCCAUGCUCAUGCGAGCUCCGACGGGCGACCCUUAGGUGCGAAGGUAAGGCGUACACGUACGGCGGCGCGAUCCUCGUCCAAAUCCGACAACUCUUCAACAUCUCCAGCAACGGCGGCGGUUCGAUCAACGGUGUCCUCGACAGACGGUUCGGCGGUGCCCUCGGCAGGCGGUUCGGUACCCUCGGCGGGCGGUUCGACAGUUCAACAGUUCGGCGGUUCGACGAUGGUACCCUCGGCGGCGGGCAAGACAACGGUUCGACGGUGCAGCGGUGGACAGCUUCGGCCCUGUCCCGGGCGGUUCGGUUCGACAGGUCGAUCGUACGACGUGCGGCGGCGGUGGCGCGCGUGUGGCGUUCAAACGUUCAACGGCGGGUAGACGACUUCAGCCUCGUCUAGGCAGGUGGGUCGACGGCGACGGCGGGAGUCUGCGGCAUGGCGACGGCCAGCAGAGUAUCGGCGAGCGACAGCAUGCGCGCGAGGUACGGCAACACAGCGAGCGGCGGGCUUUCGGCUGCCCCCAGAGCCUUCUGGUAGUAAACCCCCAGGUGGGCUGACGCGAUUGUGUGAGAACAAGCGGAACGACGGUCGACGGGCGCGAGUGUCCCGGGCGCGGACGAUGCCCGAAGGGCAAUCGCGUGAGGUAGGUACA